AUGCAGUCCCUGGCGGAGGAGAUCCAGAGUUUUUCGCGGGCGCGCCUGAGGCGUCGGUGCACUCGCGUGACAUCGCUGAGCGGUCGCCGCGUCGUCGAGACCUGGAAAGGUCCCGCGGUGACGGCGGCGGAGGAGGAGGAGGAGCCCGCCUCUCCGGAGACGACGCCGGGCUACGUCCCCGACACGUCCUGGGACCUCCAGGUGGGCGUUCUCAAACCCCACCUGCUGCUGGGUUCUCAGGACGCGGCGCACGACUUUGCCACUCUGAGGAAGCACCAGGUGUCUCACAUCCUCAACGUGGCGUCCGGGGUGGAAAACGCCUUUCCCGAUCUUUUCGUCUACAAGACGCAGAGCAUCCCCGAGCGCCCGGACGCGCUUCUGCUUCCGCACCUGGACGAAUGCUGUCGCUUCAUCCAGCAGGCUAGACGCGAGAAAGGCGUGGUGUUGGUCCACAGCAACGCGGGCGUGUCCCGAGGCCCGGCGGUGGUCGUGGGCUACCUGAUGCGGCACGAGCGCCACUCCUUGGAGGCGGCCCUGGCGUGCGUGCGCGCCGCCCGGCCCGCCGCCCGCCCCGAUCCGGCCCUCCUGCUCCAGCUCCGCCAGCUCGGCGACUCGGACGCCGCCCGAAGCCCGGAGUGA